GCUGGCCCCGCCAUGAGACCCAUUGAUAGAGGGGAAGAUGGGGGGCUCUUAACUCUUAAGAGCCUGCCGCCGGGUCCUCCAUAAACCUCGCAAACCUUGCUGUUCUUCGCUCUCGACUAACUGAUCGGUAUUCACCGGAACUCUGCUUAACAAACCAACAGGGCCGCAACCAUGGCGUCGUCGACUCCUUACACGGUGAGGUGGGGCAUCAUGGCCACCGGAUGGAUUGCCGAGGUCUUCACCAAGGAUCUCCUCGCCAACCCAGCCACCCGCGGCGUGCACGAUGUUCGCCACGAGGUCGUGGCCGCCGCCUCGUCCAGCUCCAAGGACAGAGCCGUCGACUUCCUCAAUCUCGUCAAGGCCCCAAGCUCCGCCAGAGCCUAUGGCUCGUACCACGAGCUGGUAGCCGACCCGGACAUCGACAUCAUCUACGUUGCCACGCCCCACAGCCACCAUUUCCAGAACGCCAUGCUCGCCCUCGAGGCCGGCAAGAACGUGCUAUGCGAGAAGGCCCUGACCGUGAACGCAUCCCAGGCCCGCAGGCUCGUUGAGAAGGCUCGCGAAAAGGGCGUCUUCUUCAUGGAGGCCGUGUGGACGCGCUACUUCCCCCUCAGCGUCCAGGUGAGGGAGCUGAUUGCGAAGGGGGCUAUCGGUACCGUCUACCGCACCAUUGCCGACCUGUCACUUCCCAGGGACGCGGGCGACGGCAAGGUUGACUUUGCCGACUCGCACCGCAUGGUCAAUCCCGACUUGGCCGGCGGCGCGCUCCUGGAUUUGGGCAUCUACUCCCUAACCUGGGUUUUCCAGACGCUCUAUCACCUGCAGCCCGAAGCGGACAAGGAGGCGCCCAACGUCGUGGCUGCCAUAAACAAGUACCACACAGGCGCCGACGAGACGACCAGCAUCAUCGUGCAGUUUCCCAAGCACAAGAGCCAAGGCAUCGCGCUUACCUCGCUCCGCGUGGCUCACGACGCGGUCGGGGACGGGUUGAACAGCGGCGGUGCCGCCAUCCGCAUCCAGGGGUCCGGAGGCGAGAUCCAGGUCAUGGGCCCGGCGUAUUGUCCCCUGCAGUACCGCGUCAUCAAGAAGGCGGCUACCGGCACGGCCAAGAUUGAGGUGUUCGACUGUCCGAUCCCCAAGGACCCCGAGACUGGCUGGGGCCAGGGCAUGUUCUGGGAGGCUGACGAGUGCGCGCGCUGCCUGCGGGACGGGAAGAAGGAGAGCCAGACGCUGCCGUGGAGCGAGAGUAUCGUGAUCAUGGAGGUGAUGGAGGAGGCGCUGCGGCAGGGCGGCGUCGUAUACCCAGAGCUGAUUACGACUGACGUGUACGAUGCCCUGAGCCCCCUGAACACGGGCAAGCGGUAAUCGGGAGACUCGAACUUAACCGGGCUUCGAGGUGGCUGGCGUUGCUCGCUUCCGGUCGUUCUAUCAUUGUCGGAUCGGCUUGUUGGCUAGGGCCAUGUAAUUGACUGGAGCAGUUUGAGGCGCGUAUCUCAUGAGCACAUGAAACCGAGACGCCCGAAUGUCUCACUCAAGAUCAAGAACACGGGCAAUGCUAUUCAAUGAUGCCUUGGGCUCUGAUGACUGGUAG